AUGAAGCAUGUCUCGGCGAAAGCAUCUCUCAGCCACGAGGAGCGCACAGCUGCAGAACCGCGAGAUAAAGGCUUGCACCCUGUUACCAUCCGUGAUAUAACUCCAGUGAACGAACGAAUAAGACUGUUCAAGCUCAGUGCAGUCAAUGCAAGGGGAAUCAAGUUCCUUCCUGGCCAAUGGCUCGACGUCUACAUGCCAAAUAUCUCAAAGGCCGGUGGAUUCACAGUCACCUCUUCUCCGCGGUACGGUGCUUCAACCUCCGGGACAGAGGAGUCUGUUCCGUUUGUGGAGUUGGCCAUUCAGAAGAGCCCUGAGAACCCCGUGGCGGCAUGGCUGUGGAGGGCCCAUCAGGAUAUUCUAGGUACCGUCUUGAAUGUUCGCGUGGGUGGGAGUUUUGUGUGGCCGCCGCCAGGGAUGGAUGAGGAGAGUGUGACGAGAGCCGUCUUUGUUGCCGGUGGAGUGGGGAUCAACCCACUCAUGUCCAUGAUCACCCAUAUAUGCGAAGAUACAUCCAGCAAGGCUCACAUACAUCUGUCGUACUCUACAAAGAUGCCUUCGUCGCAUUCGGAACAGCAUCAAAUACUCUUCCUGGAUCGAAUCGUGCGCCUAUUUUCCAAUCGAGGAUCGUCGUGUUCCUUGGAUCUGCACAUCACCGGUACCUGGGAUGGAUCUAAACUUCCGCAAGCUACUGAGUUAGCCAGACAGCUGAUGAUUUCGGACCCUCAGAGCGGUGGUGCUUCUUUCAACCUUCCAGCUACGUCUGUUCACCAGACCCGGAUCAGUAUGCAGAGCUUACAGGAAGCUAUCGGUCCGGAAGAAGGCCGAGCAACGUCGGUUUAUUAUGUCUGUGGGCCGCCGAAUAUGACGGACAGUACAGUUGAGCAGCUGAGGGGAACUCCUGGUAUCCGACCUGAGAGAGUGUACUGCGAGAAGUGGUGGUAG